AUGUCCAAAACGCAUACUAAAAAAGAAACCAAAGUGAGCGACGACGGUACUGUCCAUACAAUAAUUACCACUACUACCACUUAUUCGGGUUCUGGCUCGGGAGGCUAUAAUUCAAAUUUUAACUCCUUCUUGGCCGAUAGUAACUUUGAAAACUUUGAUAGUGCCAGUGAUCUCCUAUCACACUUUAAAAAACUUAAACGUGUAUCUUAUAAUAAACCUGAGCAACCGCCUCAUUUGCCAGAAGAAUAUACUUUACACGUAAAACCAACACAACAAGUUGAAUAUCUCAAAUCCGAUUGCACUGGAAAAAAAAGAGCUCUUUUGAUCGGAAUAAAUUACUUUGGUACUCAAUAUGAAUUGAAUGGCUGUAUCAAUGACGUCAGUAAUAUCAAGAAUUUCUUGAUAAGUCAUUUUAAAUUUAAAGAGUCGGAAAUUAUGGUUUUGACUGAUGAUCAACACGAUCCAUCGAAAAUUCCAACAAAAGAAAAUAUGCUUAGAGAGAUGAAAAGACUUGUUCAAAAUGCCAAACCACACGAUUCGUACUUUUUCCACUACAGUGGUCAUGGUGGUCAACAAGUAGACGAAGAUGGAGACGAAGAAGACGGUUAUGAUGAAACAAUCAUGCCACUUGACUUUAGAACAAAGGGACAAAUAAUUGAUGAUGAAAUGCAUCAUAUAUUGGUGGAUAGUCUCCCUGCUGGGUGCAGAUUAACGGUGGUAUUUGAUUCAUGUCAUUCUGGCACCGUACUUGAUUUGCCAUACAUGUACUCAACUCGUGGUAUGUUAAAACAACAAAUAUUGCAACAUGCCGUCACGAAAAUCUUUCACGGUGACUUUAAAAAUGCUACUUCGGAAGCAAUUACGGGGGAAAAAAUUCGCAGAAAGAAUCUAGUAACUAAAUCAAGUCCUGCUGAUGUUAUUAUGUUUAGUGGGUGCAAAGAUGAACAAACUUCUGCAGAUGCUACUAUGGGUGGAACUGCCACUGGCGCUAUGUCAUAUGCUUUGAUUACUACGUUAAAAGAAGAUAGUAAUCAAACAUAUCAUUCAUUGUUGAAUAAUAUAAGAAACAUUCUUCACGAUAAAUAUUCUCAGAAACCACAAUUAAGCGCGUGA